AUGGGCUUCGGCUACUUCGGCUUGCAGGACAUCAUGAGCCCAAGCGAUGCGAUGAAAGCCUUCGACAUGGUGGAGUCCACGCUUCAGGAGCUUAAGAAGAGCUUCCGGACGGACGAUGUUGGCGAGGAGCGUGCUGACGACAGCGAAGAGAAGCGCGCCGAGGAACGCCGGAAGCGCGAGCAAGAGGCCAAGAAAGCUCGUGAGAAAGCCCAGAACACGAAGGAUCCCAGGCGGCGGGUCGCAGUGAUGUUGGAACAAGGUCGCGAGUGGGGACAGGCCAGGCCCGAUCAGGCCCGGGACCGAAAGGUCAACGUGCCCAUGCAGCAACACUUAGCGCUCCACGCCGGCGGCGCCGAGCGCAUUGAGAUGGUGCAUGUCUGUGCGCUGCAGGGCCGCUGCAAGGGGCUCAGCAGCGGCAGCUGCAACUACAAGGAGGUUCGCAACCUUGUGGAGGAGGAGGAGCGACAGGCUAAAUGGUUGCAAUCAACGGCGCCGGCAGAGCCCAAGGACUUCAUCAAAGACAACAAG